GCCGAUAACUCAAUCGCCUACAAGUCCUAUAACAAAAUAUUUUUUAAAAUCUCUGCUACAUCUGGAUCAUGAGUGAUGAGGAAGCACCAUCCGGAGGAGAGGAUUCUUCCGGGGAGGUGGCAGCCCCUGUGCCCGACACCACCACCGGUGCCUCCGUUGACACCACCACCUCGGGUGUCCAAAUCAUGGUGCACCACCCGUGGUUGGCUGCUGCCGCAGUCGCCGUUUAUGCCACUAAGGUCAUGUGGGUCAUGUUCCGGGAACUCGGUUUGGCCAAACAGGAAAAGCUGCUUCCGAAUAAGCAGGACAUUACCGCAAAUCGCAUAGAGGACAUUGAAAAAAGUGUUUUGGAAUCCGAAUCGAAGUUUGAAACUGAUACAGAGAGUAAGGAUUUGUCACCAAGCAUUCAGGCCAACGCAGUGGAUAAUAUUUAAAGGAAGCUAAGGAAAUCAAAGUAGUUUGGGGACUUGCCUCACGGGAAAAAAAUGGAAAUAUUAAUUUGUAAAGAAGCUGAAUGUAAUUUAUUGGUUAACACAUCGAAAGUCGCUUUCAAAUGAAGCUGGGUAGCCAGGUUAAACCUG